UGCAGAUUCGGAGCAGCUGCUGGAUUGGUCAGUCGUGGUGCCGGAUGGGGAAGUGACAGACUCAGAUGAGGUGCCCUUGAUAUUCAGUAGAAGAGAGGGCCUCUCUGAAACAGUCCUGCAUGCCGAUCUGCGAGGAGAGAGAUGGGUUCGUUCGCCUCUUUCUGGGUUGUUCUGCUGCUGGUUGCAGGUGAGUCUGUGAGCAGUGAUGAUGAUGAAGAGAAGUUCACUGUAACAGACGGGACCUUCACACAGUGUCCCAAUAAAAAAAUCAAAAACCUGUCCCGCUGGCUGUCACAGAGGAGUGAUGUCAAUGUGUCUCUGUGGCUGCUGAAUUAUACAGAGCUGGAGAGGAAUGUCUGGUGUAAAGAGAAGAAGGAUGCUGAGUGCAGAGGUGUGUCCCACUCAAUCACACUGGGAGAAGUUGUUUCUUCCCUGAAGGAUAAAAAAUACAAGUGUGUGGUGCUGAAGAACAAGAAAGGAGAAUACAAGCAAGGGUUCACUUUGAUUGCUCUGAGAGGUGCAGCCUCUCACAGUAACCCCGCUCCUGAAGGCAGCUCCCUGUCUCUCACCUGCGAGAGCUGGGGUCUCCCUGAGGUUCACAAGUGGGAAUGGACACGUAACAGUGUAAUCAUAUCAGGCACAAGUAAAUACAUGAACAACGCAAACCUAAACAAAUUAACUAUCAGAAGUCUGGAGAAGAGUGAUGGAGGAACAUACAGAUGUAGACCAGUGUUUCAGCAGAUUGGAAUAAAGCACAGUGUAUUUCUUAACCACGCUGUGAUGAUUUCAGGAUCAGCUUCCACCGGACCACCUGUGUCUACACCUACUGCAGGUUCAUCCACCAGCAUAACAAAGAAAACAACAGCAGGAGGAGAUCAAAAAACAAAAUAUUCUACCACGUACUGUUUGUCAGUUUCUCCAAGCAACUCCACCUCUAACCCGUCUGCCACAGAUCCAUAUAGUGACGCCGUGGUCAAAAUCGUGGUCCCUGUUGUUUUGAUCAUUCUAGUCCUGCUGGGGAUUGGAGCUUUCUGUCUGAUCAAGAGGAAAAGAAGCCAGGGAUAGGGAUGGCGAAGGUGAUGAUCCAGAAGUCAACUACACCACAGUGAACCUCAACAAACUGCCUUCUUCAGACAGGCAGCCUGGCCCGGUCACAGAGCAGACUCUGUAUUCUCAGGUCAAAGUCAACUAGCCCUCAGAGGCACAAGAGACCUGUGCUUUAUUACACUGUGCUGAGCUUUUGCUGUAGGAAACUUUUAUAAGGGUCUAUGCUUUACCAGACCUCUCUGUGCUUUACAAUGCUUCCCUAUGCUUUACCGUACCUCUCUGUGCUUUACAAUGCUUCCCUAAGCUUUACCACACCUCUCUGUGCUUUACAAUGCUUCCCUAUGCUUUACCACACCUCUCUGUGCUUUACAAUGCUUCCCUAUGCUUUACCAGACCUCUCUGUGCUUUACAGUGCUUGCCUAUGCUUUACCAGACCUCUCUGUGCUUUACAGUGCUUGCCUAUGCUUUACCAGACCUCUCUGUGCUUUACAGUGCUUGCCUAUGCUUUACCAUGCUUUCACUGUGCUUUGUUACACUUUGCUAUGUUUUAACUAUGGGAAACUUUUUUGAUAUUUAGAGUCAUUUUGACACCAAGCUUGAUAUGUCUUCAUCACUUUGCAUCUAACUUUCUGUGGGGUAGAAUAGACUUCACACCAUACCACAGGAGAUUGCAGCUUCCUCAUUAUUUUAUCUCAGAAAAAACACCCUGUUGAUAUUUCACAGCACAAGAUACCAAUACUGCUGUGAUGUCUUUAUAGAGCACAGCGUUUUUAUAUCUCCUUCAGUCACUGUGUGUUUAAUUGUACAGUGUUAAGUUAAUCUAUGUGUCUAUUUUAUAAUGCAUGCAUGUUUUGUUGUGUAUUCAAAGUUUUGCAAAAUUGUGACCGAAAGGUACAUAUAUAUGGGAGUUGCAGUGAAUCAAGGGCAGUGCAUUAGGUCUAGUAACAAAAAUGCAGUCCCUCAUCCUUAAUGAUAAGAUCCGGUAUAUUUUUGCUUACAAAUUAACGCCUACCAGAGUAACUAUAAAGAAAUACAGCAGUAAACAAUGCAUUCACUGAAUCAAUGUAGUGUUUCUUACAGUUACAGGGCAGCAGUGUGGAGUAGUGGUUAGGGCUCUGGACUCUUGACCGGAGGGUUGUGGGUUCAAUCCCCAGUACGGGACACUGCUGUUGUACCCUUGAGCAAGGUACUUUACCUAGAUUCCUCCAGUAAAAACCCAACUGUAUAAAUGGGUAAUUGUAUGUAAAAAUAAUGUGAUAUCUUGUAACUAUUGUAAGUCGCCCUGGAUAAGGGCGUCUGCUAAGAAAUAAAUAAUAAUAAUACAGCCAGCUGUUUGAGAGCUCUAUUGAGAACACAGCGGCUAUCGGAGACUCUUCAGAUUGAACAGGGAUAUUUCACAUAUCCCAUCACUAAUAAUAAUAAUAAUAAUAAUAAUAAUAAUAAUAAUAAUAAUAAUUAUAAUACAUUAAAUAUAGAAAAAUGCUUGUUCCCUUUAUAAAAGCCAGCCAUAGUAAAAACACAGCAAAGUCUGAUUCCCAUCCCUGUGAUGUUCUGUGAGACAGUGUCAAUACAGAGAUCAAUACAAUAUAAUACAGAGAUCAACAGGCAUGGGAAUCAGACUCCUAUCCGAUUGCAUAGCCGUUUCACCCAUUCCAGGUUUUACUACCAGCUAGCUUGAUCAGCCACAGUGUGUAACAAGCUCAGGUGUGUCUUAUUAAACUCCUAGUAAAACCAGGAAUGGAUCACACUGCUGUGCAAGGGGAGUCUUAUUUCCAUCCCUACUAGUUUAUAUACGCAGCAUAAUACAGUCAUCUCCCCUUGGAAGCACAACUGCAAGAAUUUGUAAGAAUGUUUUAAUCUGCAUAUAGUUUUAUUUGUGUGUGUUCUGUAUUCAUCAUGAAGAUAAUUGCUCAUUGAAUGGCCUAGCUUCUAUUGUGCUUGUUCUUGUGUGUGUGACAAAAUAAUAACAAAACAAUAUUUUGAACGUC